UGGGGCAGUUUGGGAAGAUUUUAACACUACCCUCGAAAGAAAGAGACUUUAUUGCGGUUGUACCGAAUGUUGAGUGCACCUCCUGGACGGGUGCUCUGAUACCAGUGAUGUUUGGGGGGUACGAGCCAGGAAACAAUGUCUUCUUUUUUCUUUUUCGAUGCCAGUUCCAUGAAUCUGAGUGAAUUUGGACUCAUCAAAGUUUCUUCUGUCCCCUGUCCCCUUCGGCGAUAUCAUUGCCCAGGACCCCAGCGUGAGAAGGGAUCCACUGGAGGUGGACUUCACGCAGUCCUGAGAGAGUUUUAAAUAAGUAAACAAGACAAAUAGGAAGUCUGGAUAUUUCCUCUUUGUGGCACAUCUGGACGAAACAUAUUACUAUUUGAGGGAGACAGUAAUCUUACACCUCCAAAUUUUAUUACUUUCAACCACGAAUCGGCGCGAAACGUUUCCUUACCUUCUCACUCUAAACGGGAAAAUAUUUUAGUUUAUUUUGUAAUAUAUUGUUCUUAUUUGUAAAAAUGCAAGAGAUAGAAAUAAUAGCAAUUUUAGCUCUUUUAGUUCGCAAAAGAAGAAAAGAAAAAAAAUUUCAAAGACUAAUGCGUCAUCCUUUAACGGAUAAGCGCCAUAUAUUUGGCCAUUAUUACACUCAACACAAUGAGUUAAAAAACCAAACGUCGAGAGAAACAUUUGGAACACAGGAGCACUUGCAGGCUAUGAGGCCUCCUAUCACAUCCAAGAACAGUUGUCCGAUUCAUCCAGAAGAAAAGCUUUUAGUGACUAUAAGGAUUCAACCAGUGAAAUUGGCAUUUGAUGUCUUCAAACCUUCAGAUCAUGAUGAAUCUAACAGUCCUCCUGUUAUUUUACUGCAUGGAAUUACACGUUCAAAGGAAAGAUGGUCUUCAAUUCAGCAAAAAUUAGCUGAUUCUACAAAGCGUUUGGUUUAUGCAUUAGAUGCAAGAAAUCAUGGGGAUAGUGAAAAAAGUGAUUUGUUCAAUUUCAACGCCAUCACAGUGGAUGUUAAACACUUCAUGGAUACGCACAAGAUAUCCAAAGCUUCAUUUAUUGGCCAUAGCAUGGGAGGGUUAGCAGCUAUGGAAUUGGCUCUAAUUGCUCCGGAAAGAGUUGAGAAGAUUGUGAUUGAAGAUGUUAGCCCCAAAGAGCCUGUGCCUGAGCUAUAUUACAUUUUUGGUGCAAUGAUUGAAGAACAGAUAGAUUGUUUUGAACAUUCCACAAAUGCGGACACUGAGGCAUCUCUAAAUCAAAAGCUGAGAGAAUGCAUUUACCGCACAGUGCCUCAUUGAAGAUGAGGAUUUAAUUUUGAAGUACUUUCCUAAAGCAAAGUUCUAUGGGUUUGAAACAGCUGGACAUGAAAUCUGUUCUCGAUAUCCUUCACAAUUUUUGGAUAAAGUCUGUAAUUUCCUUUGAAAAACUCUUGUAAAUAUUUAAGUUUCUUAUUAUCUUGUUAUACAGAAUCUCUGAGUUUUUGUUGAAACUCUUUUUUUUUUUUUACAUGAGAACUAUUCAAGGGCAUAAUAUAUUUGAUACUCAAGUCAUUUGCAUGUAAUAUAUUUUCAGUAUCAGCAUUGUAAUUCAUUUUCAUAUUUUAUUUUCCUGAUUUCAUGUCAACUUUUAAGGCCUAGUUACUAAUUGUCUUGUCACUAUUUAUGGGAUUAAUGCAUUAAUUAGUGACAUGCAUUGAUGUCACUAAUUAAUGCAUUGAUUCUAAACAAUGUUAAGUUUUUGUAAAAGGAAAUAACAAGACAAAUAAGUUAGAAGAUCUUACUGUCACUUGGUAGUUUCUUUUUUUAAAAUAAUCGGAAACAUGAACUGAUCCUAAAAAGCAUGACUCAUUAAUUAACCUGACAUCAUAUAGGGUGCAAAAUAUUGAAUUUGAUACUAAGUUGUGCCUGGGCCCACUUAUUCAAAAUUUUCUUUUAUUACUUUGAACUCUUUGGUUUAGAAGUCUUUAAUAGCUGUAGUGUGUAAAGAAAAAGACAUUUUUUAUUCAGAAAUAUUAUGUUUGGGUGUCUAAUAACAUUCUUUUAAAUAACAUCUGCACUAAUUAAUUAGCAUAUUUAAAGUUAAACCCAGAACCAUUGCAUCCUUGUGUUUGAAAAACUGAUAAUUUGUUCUGUUGUUGUUCCACAUUCCUUUUUUUUUUUUUGCAUUAUUUACUAUUUAGUAAUAGUCUGUGUAUUCUAUUAAUAUUUAAAAGCUUGUGUUACUAGGUUUUUUAUAGGAACAAUGAAUAUAAAAAAAUUUCUGUACUUUAAUGUUUUAAAUGUUCUUAUUAAAAUGUAUUGGUAUUUACACUAUAAAGUUUAGCCAUGGCUUGAAUUACAGAAUUCUGUGCUCUAAUUGACCCACCAUGUUGAACUAGUUGGUCAGACAUGUGUUGAUGAACAAAUAAAAAAUAUAACUACAAACAAGAAUUGAAAUUCGGCAAAAUCAGACCACUUGUUGUUCGAACUUUUAUGUCAUAAUUUUUUAGUGAAAGUUUUGAAGUAAUCUUUUUACAGUUUUCUAAUACUUUUCAAUUAUUUUAUAAAAUAAAAAAUUUAUAACUUACAUGUUUAUUACGCACAUUUCUACUUCAUAAUUAAAAAUCUUCAUGGAACAAAUAGAAAUUAAAGAGAAAAUUUUUUAUUACUUUUGCAUUGGCUAAGAAAAUAUUUUUGCAUAUUUAUUCUUUGAAUACUAAAUAUGUUAUUGAACUUUUAUAACUGAAUCAGGGUUUGAUGCCAUGGUUUCAUUAUCCUGUGCACUAUGUUAGUCAUUUGUCAGAAUAAAGUUAUAAUUAUAUGCCAUUUUUUUAAAAUAUUUUUUAUCAGCCUUGAAGAACAUUUAAUUCACACAAU